AACCCGGCCGAGACAGAGCUAGAAGACCUAGGCAAAAGUACGACUCGCGGUCCGAGACCAAUAUGCAAGGAUGUCGACAUCCUCGUUACAUACAGCCCACCACAGGUUCCAUGCGAAGACCACUACCUCGACCUCGACGGCAAAAGCGCUCAUUGUGGCUGCCCAAAGUUAUGGAAGGCAGUUCAACGCAUUCGCCCACGAAUCCACUGCUUCGGCCAUCUUCACGAUGGACGGAUCCCAAAUCUCUCCCCCUCCCAAGAAUCACUCCCGUCUCGAAAAACUUGUUCAUCUACCAACUGUCCAGAGUCUCCACGGCAUCGCUCAGGUUUCCGUGUCUUCGGGCCAUGAAACCUACAUCGUCAUCGGCGGCAAACAGACUGGCCUGAAUGAUCCCGUCAAGGGACAGUUCAAGCACGUGAAGGCACGCAAGAUCUCGGACACGAGUGAGCAGAGCGCCUUCCACAAUGGUGUGGCAAGUAUACCCAGCGCGAACAACGCGGUUCUCAUCUCGGACUCCACUGUCGGCAUCGUCGGAUAUCUCAACGUCACCACACACGACUUUGGCACAAGCACCUUUGUGUUCCAGGAGAGAGCGACUCCUCCGGGGGCUUCUUUCACGAUCGGCGUCAACGGCAUCCGCGUUCGAGACUCGUACCUCUACUGGACCAACUCCUUCCUCUUCUCACUCUUCCGCAUGCCUAUCAAUCUACUAGGAUACUCCGUCCCAGAUGCCAUGCCUGAACUCGUCGCGAACUUGUCGAGCAGUUUCACGGUUGCCGAUGACUUCGCUUUCGGGAGCAAUGGUGGUGUGUACAUUGCAACCAACUUCGACAAUAGUGUCACUUGCGUUGAUACUACAACAAGAGUUACUACGACGGUCGUCGGUAGUAAGGACAAUUUGCUCGUGGCGGGAUCAACCGCCGUCGUGUUCGGCAAAGGGGACGAGGGAGAGGCACUUUACGUCAGCACUUCUGGCGCCCUCGCUGCGCCUGUUAAUGGAACAGUGACUGAAGGUGCCAAAGUCGUGGCUGUGGAGAUUGCGUCCUCAGAACUUCCGCUUAGGGCUUGCUAGAACCCAGAAUGGUAGCAUGCCUGCUGGAUGCUGCGGGUUCCUGGUACGUUCGGAGUCAUUUACUUGCUAGGCGCCGGAGUUACUAGCGGGGCAAUGCGAACAAGAUGACUUCUUAUGCGAGGAAUGCAUGCCACAGUUUAUCAAUCAGAAUUCAUUGUGUGUGGAAGGACUUCGAUUUUGACUAAGCGAAGGUUUCAACCUCGCUCAACAUGGAGGCAUAGAUGCAAAUUCACGCGGUUUGUCUGAUUAAUAACAGGCAAGUAUUAAAAGUCAGUUAAAAGGUUCGGCGUUUAGGUUUGAGUCGUCCAAACACCUUCAUGACGCUGUUCAGUAAUCGGGCGAAGUCAAGCCGGCU